UGCAAGCAUAGAAGAAAGUCUUUUAUCAUUUCAAACUGAAUUUAACUUGAAUCCUUCACAACCUUUAUUCAAAAUAACGUACAAAUCAUCCCCAAUUUGGCCCAUUUCUUCUUCAGUAUCAGAUCACAAAAAAAUAACUCGUAUUGCUAUUUUGGAUUCUUCUUUUAAUCCGCCUACAAAUGCUCAUUAUCAUUUAAUUGUGCGUUCUGUUACUAAUAUAUUUUUCCAGAAUGAUAAACCUAUAAUAAUACAGACACCAGAAGGUCGACAGCAAAUAAAAGGACAAGGGCUCGAAUUUUUUGAUUCAUGUUUAUUACUUUAUGCAACCAAGAACGCGGAUAAAAUUUUAUCAUCAUCUGACGCUAACCACGUAGAUAGAUUAUUGAUGAUGGAAACUUUAGCUUCGCACAUUCAAUCAACUGCGCCUUCCGAUACUCAUUUUACAGCUCUUAAGAAUUUAGCGGUAGGCGUGGUUACACAUCCACGUUUUAUAGAUAAAGCUCAUGGAAUUCUUUCCUUAUUACUUUCAUUGUCUAAUUCUUCUUUUGGCUUCUCAGAUAAUAUAUCUCGACAAUUUUCACUCUACUUUAUUAUGGGAUAUGAUACAGUAAUACGAUUGUUUAAUCCACAAUAUUAUACGAAUAUGAGGGAGGAAUUAGCUCCAUUUUUUGAAACAAAUUACAUUAUUUGUGCAAAUAGAGAAGGUUAUGAUGGAGAGGAAGCUGAAGAACAAUUCUAUCAGAAUGAAAUUGUUAGGGAAAUUAUAGGAAUUGAAGGGGAGAAAAUAAUAAGAAUCAAAUUAGAUAAUGAAAUUGCAAAAAUCUCUUCAACUAGAGUUAGAGAUAUUGUAAGAAAUGAGUUAAGGGUAAAGAACAAAGAAAGUACUAAAGAACAAAAUAAAGUUCAAAGUGAUCUGUUAGAAUUAUGUCCUGAACCUAUUGUUGAAUUUGUGAUUCAGAAGGGUUUGUACAGAAAAGAACAAUAAUUAAAAUCAAAUCAAUUACCAUACAAAGAAAUCUAUCAUUCUGCAUUAAUGAGUAAAAAUUGAACACCAGGUAACUAUAUAUUUAACUUCAAGGAUGGGAAUUAUAUUUUGUAACCAGCCUUAUUUAGGAUCAUUUUGUAAUAACAAAUUUUGAAUUAAAAGAAUGAGCAUAUUAUGACCGGUCUAUCGAAUAAAAAAAAUUAUAACAACAUCUAUAGAAUCGAGAACUUUUUUAUCUUUAUUAAAUAAAUCGAAAUUACUGAAAUU